AUACACGCCUUAUAAUGCGUUAAAACAUCCUAGUUGUAUGGUGUCCUCAUUACUUUCUGGACAAAAAUAAACUUAGCACUGGAGUUGAUGCAGGAAAUAAACAUAGCGAAGUUGCCAUAGUGAUUAUUUUAAAGGAAACGCGGGAUAAACAAUCAUUAGGCAUUGAGCACGCUCAGCGUUAAUAUCUGGCGGAGAUGUCAGGCAUUAGUCCGAUUAGAUGUGGUGGGCAGGAGCGCGGGGAGACCCGUCAUGCGAGCAGUGCACUGAGGAGAAGAGUGAAGUGGUGAAUGGCUGAACUUAAGCGCUCUGCUGUCAGCCAGCGACGCGGGAGUCGUGCGUAAACACACCGGUGCGCCUGGAACUCCACGAAGAGGGACACAAGUUGGGACGCAUGAACUGCUAAUCACACGUUACCGGCGCUUCGCUUCGGGUAACAUGCCUGCCAUCAAAAAGGAGAGACUGGAUGGAGAAGACAUGGCAUUAGCCGCCUUCAACCAGCCCGAAUACCUGGCCCCUUUAAAUGCCACCGCUAUCCCCGUGGUGACCCCUCAUCCGCCGCCGUACGAUCACAUUUUCGCCCAUCAUCAGCGCGCGUACUUGGGCUUUCGCGACACCGCGCUGCAUCAGCAGCACCUUCACCACCACCCGGACGACUUCAUGCUAGAGAGCUUCUCGUCUAUCCCGGACUUUCAGCCGUUUUUCGACAACGGAGAGCCUUGUAUCGAAGUGGAAUGCGGGGAAAACAAAGCACUACUGUACAUUAACAAACUGUGCCAGGGCAGCAAAGGGCCCUCCAUCAAAUACCGGGCUGAGUGGCUCACCCCAAACGAGUUCCAGUUCGUGAGUGGAAGAGAGACAGCCAAAGACUGGAAACGGAGUAUUAGGCACAAAGGUAAAAGUCUGAAGACACUUAUGUCCAAAGGAAUCUUACAGGUACAUCCUCCAAUCUGCGACUGCCCUGGCUGUAGAAUUUCAUCUCCUGUGAACCGUGGGCGACUGGCAGAGAAACGCACCAUCCCCUUGCCGCCAACACGGGUGCCCAAAAAGGAGCUGGCCUCCGUUUUCAGCAGUGACGACAGCGAGGGCAGCGAGCGAGCCAGUGGAGAUCAUGCAGACAUCAAACAGGAAGAGCUGCAUUACACUAUCAUGAGAAAGAGUCGUGACAGUGACCUCUCAACGAUCAUCUCCAACCUGCACCACACCCGACAGCACGGCAUGCCCGAGGGCCAGCCCUGCUCCGACCUCAGCCUCGCCUCCGCACACUCAGAUGACAUUCUAGGCAAGAGGAGAGCCUACUCCCCCAACAGCAGCAGCGAGUGCCCAUCUGACAGCAAGAAGUCCCGCAGCGUGUCACCUAAAGAGAACUCUCACACUCCUGCGCUGGAGCCAGGCAGUCACAUGACCCCCGAGGAGCACUACAGGCGCAUGAUGUCAGCUCUGAACGAGCAUGGCUCUUAUGAGGAGCAGCAGCAGCGCCUGUAUCAGUUGGCGAACAACAUGGGCAUCCCAAGUCACGAGCUGCUGCGUGUGCGUCAGGAAGCCUUGGCUGCCGUUAGAAACGCGGGAGGAAUGGAAGCCCACGUCCCCUCUGCAGGCAGCUCCUCUAGCCAGCGGCGCAAACAGGGCCUUCCCCAGCACAGAGACGCACAGUUCCCUGAGCGAGACAUAUCGCACCCUCCAUUGCUGUCCCCACAGAAUGCUCCUCACAUUGCUCUGGGGCCUCACCUGCGUCCCCCGUUCCUGGGCAUGCCUUCUGCCCUCUGCCAAGCCCCAGGUUAUGGUUUCCUGCAGCCUGCUCAGGCAGAGAUGUUCGCUCGUCAACAGGAGAUCCUUCGUAAGCAGAACCUUGCUAGGUUGGAAAUGUCUGCUGAGUUGUUGAGACAGAAGGAGUUAGAGAACCUCCACAGGCAGCGACUGCUGGCGGACCCACUGGGCCUGCAUCCCGGGCUUCCUGCAGAACACCCUGCCUUGCGCAGCCUGCACGAAAUCCCAGAGGGCCACCCACUCCGAGAGGAGCUCAAUCGCCGCAAUGCCAUGCUGGUUUUGCGGCACAACAACACCCCAUUACUCUCCCUCAACCACCAGGGGGCAGCAGUAGGCACUUCCUCUAAAGACCUCAGCAACAGGAAGAGCGUGAGGAAAGGAGGACCACUCCGAGGGGACCAACAAGGGGGUUUGUCUGAGACUAAAGAGAUGCUCAGUGAGGGUUGUGCGCGGGAUGGAGAAACAGAGGGACAAGAUGAAGACAUGAAAGACUCUGAGAUUGAUGCAGAGGUUGGGGAAGAUAGGCCUGAGAGGCUUUCCAAAGUGGACGGACAUAGUCUCGGUUCGGAGGCGUGUCAAGGCAAGGAUGUGACCAAGUCUAGCGAAACAGUGAAAGAGCUGGGGGAGGGGUCAGGACGGCUCAGUGCCCCUUGUAGCUCCAUUGGCCAAGAGUCACCGACCCACCACCUCUUCACAUCAGGACUGAGCAAGAGUGAGGCCAAAUACCUGCCACCAGGAAUCCCACCCUUAACCACUUUGCCUGGACAAACGCUGCCCUUUACCUUUCCAUACACCAGCCCUUACUUUCACACCGGCGCAAUGGGAGGUCUUUUUGUGGACGGAGAAGAGGCGGGAGCAGUCGAGGACAUCAGCAAGUGGAGUGUGGAGGAGGUGUGCAGCUUCAUCAGCAGCCUAGCAGGCUGUGGGGAGUACACACAGGUCUUCAGAGAGCAGGCCAUUGAUGGCGAGACUCUGCCACUGCUAACUGAGGACCACUUGCUCAACAACAUGGGAUUGAAACUGGGGCCUGCCCUCAAGAUCCGCUCUCAGGUGGCGCGACGUAUUGGCAGAAUAUUCUACAUGACCAGCUUCCCGCUGGCCCUCCCGCUGCCGCCAUCUGUUCUGCGCCCCACAGACAGAGACCCCCUGCCCGCCGAGACCCGUCCUCCUUCUACCGGCAGCACUUCCUCCCCAUUCAGCGUGCCCCCUCCCGCCUGCCGCGCCUCCCCCAAACAGGAGAACGGAAACCCCUCCUCAGCGGGAGCCUACGACUCCACUAAACCUCCCUCGUAGAAUUGGCCAUUAAAACUCUUGACUGCUUCUCCAUAUGGCAGAGGCAGUGCUUCAGGGAGGAGGUAAAGACGGAAAGAGGGCAUGAAGGGGGCCCUCUUUGAACUAUUCUUUCCUUCCUCUUACCCCCUCCCGAAAUAAAAAGCAAACUUGAGGACCUUUAUGCAGAGGCACUUAAUCUUUUUAGGAAAAGUGUGGAGAAAUGUGCAGAAAGAAGAGAGACACUGAAGAAAUGAUGCGGGCUGAAACAGCUCCACCCUUCGCAGCGGCUGUGAGGAAGCCAAAAUCCAAAGAUGUGCAAAUAGGGACUUGGGGACGAGACAGGAAGGGUUAGAGUGUGCGAGAGAUGAACGUGAG